CUACUCGGUUCUCGACUGCUCCCGGCCGCCGUUGUAUUGUGGGAUUGCGGCGCCGUGCCCGAGAAGCUCGGAUCUGGCAGGGGAGUCCAAUAGCUAGCGCCUCCUGUCGUCUGCAAAGCUACCUUGCCAUUUCUCGGCACCCCUGCUCCCCCCCCAUCCCCGAAUCGCCUCCUCCUCCAUCCUCCAGUUCAAAAUGGCGGCGGCGGCGGCAGCGGCAGCGGCGAUGGCUCCUCAGGGCUGCCCUGGUUCGUGCCCCAACUUCGCUGUAGUAUGCUCCUUCUUAGAGCGCUACGGGCCGCUGCUCGAUCUGCCUGAGCUGCCGUUCCCUGAGCUGGAGCGGGUGCUGCAGGCGCCGCCGCGGGACGUCGGCAACGGAGAAGUACCAAAAGAAUUGGUGGAGCUCCAUUUGAAGUUGAUGAGGAAGAUUGGGAAAUCUGUUACAGCAGACAGAUGGGAAAAAUAUUUGAUCAAGAUAUGCCAAGAAUUUAAUAGCACCUGGGCAUGGGAAAUGGAGAAGAAAGGCUAUCUUGAAAUGAGUGUUGAAUGCAAAUUAGCACUCCUAAAGUACCUCUGUGAGUGUCAGUUUGAUGACAAUCUCAAAUUCAAGAAUAUAAUUAAUGAGGAAGAUGCCGAUACCAUGCGUCUCCAGCCAAUUGGCCGAGACAAGGAUGGCCUCAUGUACUGGUACCAGCUGGAUCAAGACCACAAUGUCAGAAUGUACAUAGAAGAACAAGAUGAUCAAGAUGGCUCAUCAUGGAAAUGCAUUGUCAGAAAUCGAAACGAGUUGGCUGAGACCCUUGCACUCCUGAAAGCACAGAUCGAUCCCGUACUGUUGAAAAACUCUAGUCAACAAGACAACUCUCCCCGGGAAAGUCCCAGCUUAGAAGAAGAGGAGACUAAAAAGGAGGAAGAAACACCUAAACAAGAGGAACAGAAGGAAAAUGAAAAGCGGAAAAGUGAAGAGCAGCCAGUAGAUUCAGAAAAUCAUUCUAUACCCAAUUCCCUGGAAGAAACUACCGUGAAAAUAGAAAAAGAAGAUGAAAAGGAACUUGUAAAACUGCCAGUAAUAGUAAAGCUGGAAAGGCCUUUGCCGGAAAGUGAGGAAAAAAAGAUUAUCAAAGAAGAAAGUGAUUCCUUCAAGGAAAAUGUCAAACCCAUUAAAGUAGAAGUGAAGGAAUGUAGAGCAGACCCUAAAGAUGUCAAAGGCAGCAUGGAGAAGCUAGAGCCCGAGAGGCUCGAGUUUGGUGUCAGUGUGAAAUCUUCUCAAGAAAUUACCGAGAAGUCCUCUGAAGAAACUGAGAAACUUAAAAAUGACCAGCAGGCCAAGAUACCACUAAAAAAGCGAGAAAUUAAACUGAGUGAUGAUUUUGACAGUCCAAUCAAAGGACCUUUGUGUAAAUCAGUUACUCCAACAAAAGAAUUUUUGAAAGAUGAAAUAAAACAGGAGGAAGAGACUUAUAAAAGGAUCUCUGCAAUCACCACUUUGGGUCAUGAAGGGAAACAGCUGGUAAAUGGAGAAAUUAGUGAUGAAAAGUUAACUCCAAAUUUUAAGACAGAACAAAUGGAGACAAAGUUUUAUGAUACCAAGGAGGAUAGCUGCAGCCCCUCCAAGGAUAAAAGUGUCAUGAUGGAGGGAAAUGGAGCAGAGUCCUUAAAUUCUGUCAUAACCAGUAUAAAAACAGCUGAUCUUGAGAAAGCAGUGGUCCCUUUAGGGAAAGAUGGAGAAAGUUCAAUAGCAGAUUUAGAAAUCCAGAAUCAAAAAGAGCAGGUAGAGGAAACUGAUCCUCCAGAAAUGGAAACCUCUUUUGAGGCUUCUGAGAUGGUAAAGGAUCUAUCUUUACAAACUGCUUUAUCUACUGCUGAAUCCCAUACUAUGAAGGUUGAAGAGAAAUCUCCCAAAAGUAAGAAGGAUAAGCACCCACCAGUCCUCGAAUGUCUUGAAAAGUUAGAGAAGUCCAAAAAGACUAUUUUUGAUAAGGACACACAAAGAUUGAGUCCAAUACCAGAGGAGGUUCCAAAGAAUACUUUAGAAUCAGAGAAGCUAGGCUCUCCUGAGGCAGUUGAAACUUCCUCGCCGUCUAACUUGAUGGGCCAUUGUGAGAAACCAGCCUCAGAAAAAGAAGUGAUAGAGUGUCAGAGCACAAGUUCCACUGAAGGUCAGUCCAUGGAACAAACAGACCCAGAAAUUUUAAAAGAGGAUUCUGAACCCACGCAGGUAGAAGUGGUUAACCCAGACAAUGCCCAGACCCCUGGUGCAGAGGACUCUUCUGAGACAAAAGGCUCUAUGCCAAAAAGCAAAUUUAAAUAUAAGUUGGUUCCUGAAGAGGAAACCACUGCCUCAGGAAACUCGGAGAUAACUUCUGAAAGGCAGAAAGAGGGCAUCAAAUUAACAAUUAGGAUAUCCAGCCGGAAGAAGUCAGAUUCUCCUCCCAAAAUUCUAGAACCAGAAACCAAACAAGAGAAGUCAGAAAAGGAAGAAGAGAAAACAAAUGUGGUUCGUACUUUAAGGAGGUCUCCGAGAAUAUCUAGACCCACAGCAAAAGUGGCUGAGAUCAGAGAUCAGAAAGCUGAUAAAAAAAGAGGGGAAGGAGAAGAUGAAGUGGAAGAAGAAUCAGCAGCUUUGCAAAAAACAGACAAAAAGGAAAACUUGAAAAAAAUCGAGAAGGAUACAAAUUCUAAAGUAAGCAAGGUAAAAACCAAAGGCAAAGUUCGAUGGACUGGUUCUCGAACACGUGGCAGGUGGAAAUAUUCCAGCAAUGACGAAAGCGAAGGGUCUGACAGUGAAAAAUCAUCUGCAGCUUCAGAAGAGGAGGAAGAAAAGGAGAAUGAAGAAGCCGUCCUGGCAGAUGAUGAUGAGCCAUGCAAAAAAUGUGGCCUUCCAAACCAUCCUGAGCUAAAAGCAGUAUGGUGUGAUGGGAAAAGCAUGGACCAGACAGACUUGGCAGCAGAUCCUGCUUCCACCACUUACCAGAUUCUUCUGUGUGACUCCUGUGACAGCGGGUACCACACAGCCUGCCUUCGUCCCCCGCUGAUGAUCAUCCCUGAUGGAGAGUGGUUCUGCCCGCCUUGCCAACAUAAACUACUGUGUGAGAAAUUAGAGGAACAAUUGCAAGAUUUAGAUGUUGCCUUAAAGAAGAAGGAGCGUGCUGAACGCAGGAAAGAACGCUUGGUGUAUGUGGGUAUCAGUAUUGAAAACAUCAUUCCUCCACAAGAGCCAGAUUUUUCUGAAGAUCAUGAAGAAAAGAAGAAAGAUUCAAAAAAAUCCAAAGCAAACUUGCUUGAAAGAAGAUCAACAAGAACACGGAAAUGUAUAAGUUACAGAUUUGAUGAGUUUGAUGAAGCAAUUGAUGAAGCUAUAGAAGAUGAUAUCAAAGAGGCUGAUGGAGGAGGAGUUGGUCGAGGAAAAGAUAUCUCUACCAUCACGGGUCACCGUGGGAAAGACAUCUCUACUAUUCUGGAUGAAGAAAGAAAAGAAAAUAAACGACCCCAGAGGGCUGCAGCUGCUCGCCGGAAGAAACGCCGGCGAUUAAAUGACCUGGACAGUGACAGCAACCUGGAUGAAGAAGAGAGUGAGGAUGAAUUCAAGAUCAGUGAUGGCUCUCAAGAUGAGUUUGUUGUAUCUGACGAAAACCCAGAUGAAAGUGAAGAAGACCCACCAUCUAAUGACGACAGCGACGCUGACUUCUGUAGCCGAAGACUGAGGCGACAUCCCUCCCGGCCAAUGAGGCAAAGCAGGCGUUUGCGCAGAAAAACCCCAAAGAAAAAGUAUUCUGAUGAUGAUGAAGAGGAAGAGUCUGAGGAGAAUAGUAGAGACUCUGAAAGUGAUUUUAGUGAUGACUUGAGUGACGAUUAUGUAGAAACUCGGCGAAGGCGGUCAAGGAGGAACCAGAAAAGACAGAUUAAUUACAAAGAAGAUUCAGAGAGUGACGGCUCGCAGAAGAGUUUACGACGUGGUAAAGAAAUCCGACGGGUUCACAAGCGCAGGCUUUCCAGCUCAGAGAGUGAAGAGAGCUAUAUGUCCAAGAACUCUGAAGAUGAGGAGCUAACUAAAGACUCAAAGCGGUCAGUUCGAAAACGGGGUCGAAGCACAGAUGAGUAUUCAGAAGCAGAUGAGGAGGAAAAGGAAGGCAAACCAUCCCGGAAGCGGCUACAUCGGAUCGAGACUGACGAAGAGGAGAGUUGUGACAAUGUUCAUGGAGACGCGGGUCAGCCUGCCCGAGACAGCCAGCCCAGGGUCCUGCCCUCAGAGCAAGAGAGCACCAAGAAGCCCUAUCGGAUAGACAGUGAUGAGGAAGAGGACUUUGAAAAUGUAGGCAAGGUGGGGAGCCCAUUGGACUAUAGCUUAGUGGACUUACCUUCCACCAAUGGACAGAGUCCUGGUAAAGCCAUUGAGAACUUGAUUGGCAAAUCAGCUGAGAAGCCUCAGACCCCUAAGGACAACAGCACAGCCAGUGCAAGCCUGGCCCCCAAUGGGACAAGUGGUGGGCAGGAGGCAGGGGCACCAGAAGAGGAGGAAGAUGAGCUUUUGAGAGUGACUGACCUUGUUGAUUAUGUCUGUAACAGUGAACAGUUAUAAGACUUUUUUCCAUUUUUGUGCUAAUUUAUUCCACGGUAGCUCUCACACCAGCGGGCCAGUUAUUAAAAGCGGUUUUAUUUUUCUUAGAAAACUCCACUACAGAACGACUUUUUAGAAGAAAAAGUUCAACAAACCCUAAAGUCUUUCUGUGAAGUGACCAGUUUUGAACUUUCAAGAUAAAUAAUUGCUGUAAAUUCCUUUUCACUUUCUUUUUCCAAGUUCAUGGUCCUUGGUAAUUUCAUUCAUGGAAAAGAAAUCUUAUUAUAAUAACAACAACAAAGAUUUGUAUAUUUUUGACUUUAUAUUUCCUGAGCUGUCCUGACUUUGUGAAAAAGGGUGGAUAAGAAUGCAUUCCGAAUCUGCAAGGGCCCAAAACAGAAUUAGGGGUGGGAGAAAGCACUUGUGCUUUAGCUUUUUCAUAUUAAAUAUAUAUUAUAUUUAAA